UACAGUAUAAAUACUCUGACGGGGCUGUGCAGAAGUUACAGUAUACACACAAAAUCUGUGAAAAGUGAAAUUUCAUCAAGAUUUUCUUCACUGCAUGGUGAGAGAAGACUGAAUUGUCCCACAGCACAAUUUAUUGUGGACAGGACAGCCAUGGUUUCACUGGUUGUGGUGGCAGUAUUUCUUCUCUGUGGGACCCUGUUUCAACCCCCCCACGCGACAGCAUUCAAACCUCUUCUUAAGGAUGGCUCCAUCACGCAUCGAGAAAUCACUCAGAUGGCCAUACUCCGCAAGACAGCAGAAGUGUGCCAUGACAUAGCCACUGCCCAGGGACGAGACUUUACACUUGCUAUAAACAACAGACUGACUAUUUCUGCUGUCCAACGAGCCUGCGCAACAUCUCCUGAUUCAUCGUCUGUCAUCGCUUCACUGGGUUUUUAUUCAGUGAUAGCAGACAUUUAUUUCAGCAAUGCAGCCAUAGAUGUAGCGUUUGUUCUGAGUGACGCGCAUCACGUAGAUAAUGAGGCUUUCGUUGAGGGCCGGAACCUCAUCACUAGUGGCCUGGCUGCAGUAAAGGCCAGUGUGAAGAAGGAGAGCUAUAUCUCUGGUCGAAUCACACUGGGGGCUGUCUGUCAUACUCUACAGGAUUUCUAUAGCCACAGUAACUGGGUGGAACUGGGAAGCACUGCUCCUUUCAGCCCCCUGAUCAGACGUGAACUUCCCCUCAAGAAUCUAGCAGAACGCAGCACACCAACAUGCAAAAGCUGCAAUGGGCAAGACUGUAGAGAUAACAUUCUCCCAGAAAUAUUGCUGCAAAAGAAACUAACCUCAGGAUAUUUCAGCACGUUCUUCUCUGCAAAACCUGUGGGCAAGUGUAGCCAUGGUGGCCUUCUUGAUAAGACCAGUUAUAGAGACCCCACCGGAGGUAUCAACAAGGAUGACAUCAGCUCAAGUCAUGGCUUCCUUCAUCAGCGUGCCGCUGAAAUGGCAAUUGAUGCUACUAUGGAACUGCUGGAAGACAUCCGACUGGCCACAGGAAACCAAGCCUUUCUUCGAUUAAUGGGCCUCAGUCAGACCUCAGUUUUGGCUUUUGUGAUUGACACCACAGGCAGUAUGUUUGAUGACAUUGAAGAAGCCAAGAGAGUGUCCUUCAGUAUCAUAGACAGCAAGAGAGGAACACCAGAAGAACCUUCAGAGUACAUUCUAGUCCCAUUUAAUGAUCCAGAUUUUGGACCUCUGACAAGGACUAAGGAUGCAGAUAUUUUCAAAUCGAGAAUCAAUUCCCUCACAGCAUCUGGUGGAGGAGACGCUCCAGAGAUGUGCCUGUCAGGACUGCUGUUGGCACUGGCAGGUGCUUCUCCGUCUUCAGACAUUUUUGUUUUCACAGAUGCUUCAGCAAAGGACUUGGAAUUAAAAAGCACCGUUCAGGUCAUGAUAGAACGCACCAAGUCAAGGGUCACUUUCAUGUUGACUAACGCCUUCUCAUUCCGUAGAAGACGGGAUGUCUCACAAUCUCAGCAGUUUAAUUCAAGAUCAAUUCCUCUGUCAGACAUACAGCUGUACAGAGACCUGGCUCAAAUUUCUGGUGGACAGACCAUAGAGGUCCAAAGGGCUGAACUUUCUAAGGCCACGGCAGUCAUUACGGAUGCAUCUACCUCAGCCCUGAUAACAAUUCUUCAGGUUGUGAGAAGUCCAGCCAUUGCAGAAAAUUAUUCGUUUGUGUUGGAUCCAUCUCUGUCCAAUGUGACCUUGUAUGUCACCGGAGACUCUCCAGUCUUUACCUUCUACAGCCCAACAGGUGUGUCUCAGUUAGGUUCAGUGGCAGAUGGUCCUCUGGGUAGCAUCCUGACUGUUGGGAAUUUAAGGAGAGUUACACUAAACUCUGACAACCAGACAGGGGAAUGGAAAAUCAGCAUUAACUCUUCAAGCUUCUACAGUCUUAAAAUCACUGGUCAGAGCUCUGUGAACUUUCUCUUUAACUUUGUGGAGCAGUCAGAGGGAGGUGACAUCACACCGAAAGACAAUCGUCCAUUCAUCGGUCGGAAUGCUACUUUGUUAGUCUCUGUGACCGGAGGAGAUUCAGUCACAGUGACUGACGUGCUUCUAGUUGAAACUUCGGGAUCUGAUGUUGUUAAUGGAACCAUCAAAGCAGUGGGAGCGACAGACAUCCUGGUGAACGUAGACAGAAUCCCAGAGGGGGCAUUUGUGGUCCAACUUAAAGGACUGGUGAAUGACUUAACUCGAUCUUUGCCUAGUCAAUUCCAGAGACAGUCACCAACACAGCAAAAAGGCUCUGGAGUUACCAUCACGGCCCAAACCAAUAGCACCAUAGAGCCUGGAAUUCCUUUAAAUUUCAACUUUACAUUGGUCAAUAAUGCUAUAACAGGGAGCAGCUACACUAUCCGAGCCCGGACUGACCGUGGCUUCAACGUGACUUUUCCCAGCUCUCUUUACGUGGGGACAGAUGAAAGUGCUCAGGGAACUGUAACACUUACCGCACCCGCCAACACAGAGUCAGGGACGGAUGUCACACUCACUAUUGAAGCAGAAGAUUCAGAGACCAGUGACUCGAAUUACGUGGCACUGCGGUUCAAUGUCUUGACUAAGGUGACUGAUAUUUCUAGCCCUGUCUGUCAGGUAGUGAGCAUCAAAGCUGACUGUCCUGUGGAAUGCAGCACGGCAUCAUGGGAACUCUCCGCCAACUUGACAGACGGGAAUGGAACAGGCAUAUCCGAUGUGUCUUUCAACCGUGGGAACGGCUCUCUCAGCUUAAGCAUUGUGAUAAGUGAGGAUGGCACAAAUGUGACUGUGGCGUCCUACAAUGCUUCCUGUUGUUCUCAGGAAGUAGAGCUGGUAGUUGUGGAUGUGGUGGGAAAUGUGGGCACAUGUUUCACUUCUAUAAAGAGUCCCUCUGUACCUACAACCACAGUUGAGCCCUCAACAAUCACCAAUAAGCCUUCAACAAUCACUAAUAAGCCUUCAACAAUCACUAAUAAGCCUUCAACAAUUACCACGGUCAUAACCACACCCAACAGAGGCUACUUUGUGUCUUUCUCAAUGUCUGUUUUGCUCUGCAACUUGUGUUUUGCUCUGCAACAAUUGUUUUCUUUAUGUGAAUAGGAGAAUCUUUAGUUGAGUUGAAACUUCAGUUAUAUAAUGAGCUAAGAACAUUUACAUUAAUUAAUGUCUAAAUCAUGUGAAAAUACUUAGGUGUGGGAUUAAAUUGUUUGUAAUUAUUUUCUAAUUCAUUUUUUUAAAUGUGCAAUAAUCAUUGAAAAUUAUUACAGAAAACAAAUGGUUUCCUCUCUUUUAACUAAAAAAGUAUUGUCUUAACUUUCUUCUUUUUCAUAGUUAAGUAUGAAGUUAUUAAGAAGUUAUUAAUCAGAAAUAAUCAAUAUAACAAAUAGGGAGAGAUCAGCUGUAACCUGUACUUUUUAAGUUUGAAGCAGCGUUUGACUGAGUUCAGUUACAUCCUAUCUGAUAAAUGCUUGAAAAAUAAUUCAAAUGUUUAUAGACUAAUGCCACGUACUUAACAUUUUAACUCCACAAAGUUCUUAAAAAACUAUGUAGUUCUUAAAAAGAGUGCAGAAACAAAUAUGCUGGUCUGAUAAACCUUUAAACCUUUAAAUGCAUGAAUGUUUCAGCAAUCAUUAUUACAUAUUCAGGCCUUUAGUGACCCAGAACUAUACCUAACAUAGAUGAAUCUGUCGCGAUAACAUAAAACUCUCCUGAUAUUAGAGUAAUGUUACGUCCCUGUGGUCGUGUAUGUUUUUUCUUUUGGUUUCUAUUUCUCUUCUCUCUCUUCUACCACUAUCCCAUUCUUAGGUUUGCGUCAUCUCUUGUCCGCUGUUGGUUGAGAGCGAUGUCAAUCUUCAUUUACAUCAUGACGUCAUCUCCCUCCCGUGGCUUAUCAAGUUCAACCUUCGAGUUUAACCCCCUCAGACCUGAAUUAUGUUUCAA